CAAUGAGGGAAAACACGGGCCUUCUCAUCCAUGUGAACGGCAAACUCUCAAGAAGAGUAAGCGUCUGGAGCUGCCCAUUGUGCCGAGUAGAGUUGCAGAAUCCAACCGGAAGGAGUCUGGCCCAUCCAGUGCCCCUCUUGUCAUUUGUCUCGGCCCUGUUCCCGGUAUCACGCCAGUCGCAGAGAUGGAACCAGCGGCCACUCUAGCUCCUUCCCUGAUAUCUUCUGAGGGUCGGGAGUAUUUGGCGUCUAUCGGUCUCUUUCCUUUAGUUGAGCGUUCCACUCGGGCUUACACUGAGGGACUGAUGGAUCUGGCUGCAUUGCUCCGCACUAUGAAAGAUCAACAUGCGGAGCUCCAACGUCGGGCUGAAGAAGCCUACCUCCAGGCUACUCGGGCUCGAUAGCGAGCAAAUGAUGUGGAGGCGGAUCUGAGGAUACACACAGCACGCAAUGAAGAACAUAAGAGAGCCCUGACCGACCUUCAAUCAAAAUGCGACCAAAUGGAGUCUAAAUAUAACCAGCUAGAGGCGUCGUUUGCGGAUGCAGGGCGACAAGCGAUCGAGGCGUUCAAGGCUUCCCGGGAGUUCUCAGAGCUUAUUGCUUCACGGACUGAGGAUGCGGGGAAGCAAGCUGUUGAGACGUUUAAAGUGUCCCAGGAGUUUUCGGAGCUUGUCGCUUCCAGGACGGCCGCCCCCCGUGCGAAGCAAAUUCAAGCUUGGCUGCAGACCAAGGAGGGGCGUGACUGGCGCGAGGAGCAGGACUUGUUCUCUUUCCGGUGUGGCCGGUAUGACAUGCAGAAGAUGCUGUAUGAGAGCCUGACAGAGCGUCUUCCCGGCUUUGAGCCCGAGAAGCUUGGCCUACCUGCGCUCCCACCUGAUCCUGACGAGGAGGACAUGGCGGGUGAUGAUGAUGGCCACACACAUUGGAGUCUUCAAACGUUCCCGGGAGUUCCUUAUGAUCUGGAAGAUGUUACUCAUGGCUUUGACUUCGAGACCAUUCUCCAGGGUAUUCCUGAGGAGCCGCUCAAUCCCUAGAUUAUAGAUCGUAGUUUUACUCUUGUUUUGUUUUUCCGUUUG